AUGCGCGAAGUGCGGGAAUGCGUGCGCGUGUAUGCAGAAACAAGAGAGAGUAAGAAUUUCAACUAUGCUCUGCUGGGUAGUAAAUGGGUAUUGUUGUGGUUCAGUCCUCUGUCGUUCUGGUGGGAGAGUAAGUGGUUCCCGGUGGGUGAUAUGGCGCCUAAGCACUGUCAUGCGGAGCCGAAGCGCUACCGAGUAAGGUAUGUAAAGAUAUAUGGAACUUGGUGGACAGUGGAUGGAUGCUUCCGGAUGGCUGGCGCUAUAGGGCGCUCAAGCGCGGGAAAGCUCGCACGCAUAUACAUCAUGAAGCACGGGAAGUUGCGCGCACAUUGCGCGAUGCGCGGGAAAGCUGCGCCUCAUGUAGGAAUAGCUGUAGGAAGCAUACAGAGUGAUGCUACAAGCAUGAGUCUCUACAGCGAUAUGAGAUGGAUGGAGGCCACCAGGCUUUCGGGUAUGAUAACACAGUUUCUGGAGAUCCUGCAUGAGCUGGAAGUGUCUUGUUUGGAGUGUUGGGGGAGGGGGCAUAGACAGAGCGAACCAUGGUUGAAGCGCAAGGUUGAAGCGCAAGAUUCGGGAGAGCAGUUAUGA